AUGGAUUCACACGCCAGAAGCCUGCCAGGUCCAAGCAGACACAAGAACAGCUGGAGAAGGUUCGGCAGGAAUUUGCUCAAGACUUCAACGUCGCGUUCAGUGGCUUCUCCCCAAGCGUCAUCAUCAACGUGGAUGAGACGGGCAUGA